CGACUAACGGUCGCACGUAACGCACGCACGCUCGUUAAGCGAUCACAUACAUAUUUCUCAUAGUACCUACUUAGUACCUAACUACAAUGCAGUCUAAGUGUGAUGUGUGUAAAAGAACGGUUACAAAAUCACUACCGGGAUUAGAAUGCAGUAAGUGUGACAGAGUUGUGCAUCUUAACACCAGAUGCAGUGGUUUGACUGGUAAGCAAAUCGCCGCCCUCAAAGCGGCCACCAGCUUAGAGUGGACUUGCCUUGAAUGCCAGCGGGAAUCACCAAGACGCAAUUCAUCAAUCAUUAUUCCGGAAGAAGACGACGAAGACGACAACACACCUGUUCAAAUCGACGCAAAGAAGCUGUUGAGCAACAUUUCCAAGGAAAUUGAAAAGGCGAUUAAAAGUGAGAUGCGUGAACUUAAUGAGGCAUUGCAGUUUCAUAGUGGAAAGCUAGACGAAGUCGUGGAGUGUAUGGACGCAUUCAAACAAACUAUUAAAGCACUCGAAAGGAAGAAUGUGGAGCUAACGAAUAAAAAUAAUAACCUAGAAACUCGUAUCGGAGCCCUCGAGCAACGAUUACAAGAAAUCGAGCAAGAAAAGCUUAUAAAUUCAGUGGAAAUUGCAAAUGUACCAUACCAGAGCACAGAAGCGGACAGUAAAAUAUUGGAAAAGGUGGCCCUGAAACUCCAACUACCCAUUGGAGGUAUAAAAAGCUCACGAAGACUCCAAGGGAAGAAAGAACAACCGCCGAACAUUAGAGUGGAAUUACAAGACGAAAGUACUCAAGAACAAUGGAUUACGGCUGCUAAAAGCAUCAAAACUAUGGUAGUGGACCUUUGCCCCUCCGAGAAAAAUAAUAAGGAUAUAGUUUACAUCAGUGAAGCAAUGACGAAAACCAACAAGACCUUACUGUGGAAGGCUAAGCAAGAACUAAAGAUUAACCAGAAAUUCAAGUACGUAUGGUUUAAAAAAGGAUUCGUAAAGGCACGCAAAGACGACGGUUCAAAAACCUAUAUUUUACGAACCAUGGCGGAUGUAAACGCCCUACUAAAGAACAAAACGUAAGGCAUUAUUUGAUACCUGCGUUAUAUACCUGCCUUUUAAUAUGGACAGUUCACUAGACGAAAUUUACGAAUUAUCGGACUGUAUAAAUAUUAAUGACUUUUUAAAUAAUAUCUCUAAUAUUAAUAUAAACUUAUUGUGUGUACAUUUCAACAUUAGAUCUCUUAUAAAAAACUUCGCCACGCUAGAACAGUGUAUACUUACUUCGAAUAAAUGUAUUGACGUAGUUAUCCUCACCGAAGCUAAUAUAUCUGAUAAAAUAAGUUGCCUUUAUCAUAUAAAUGGCUAUCAAAUGUUCACAGCUCUAAGAAAGUCAAGAAGGGGCGGUGGCAUUAUCGUUUAUGUACGUAAUAAAAACAAAUGUAGCAUAAAAAAUAUUAGAACAACCUACUUCGAAAAUAUAUUAUUUACAAUAACCACCCCUUCUAACUACACUGCGAACAUUUGUGCUAUUUACCGUCCUCCUAAUACAAGUAAAAACCUAUUUAUCGACGAACUCUUUACCACUAUUGAUAAAUUCGCAAAAACCACAGAUUUUUACUUUCUAGGAGAUAUUAACAUAAAUCUGAGACUAGACAACCCUAUAAAACAUAAAUACAGUAACAUGCUGCACAGCCUAGGCCUUAUGUGCGGGAUCACUGCACAUACUAGGAUUGAAUUAUGUAAUGGCAAAAUAAGCAAAUCGUGUAUAGAUCACAUUUAUGCUCGAUCCCGCACACAAGACCUGUAUACGGCGGCGAUCGGUACGACACUGGCUGACCACCGGGCGGUGAUACUCGCUUGCCUCGGCGCUCGAACACAGGAUGUUCCGAAAUACAGAACUUGUCUUAACAACCAAAAGUUAUUCUCAUCAUUAGAACAGAUAGAUUGGGGGCCUACAAAUAACAUGACGUGUCCAAUAUCUAUAUAUAAUUACCUAAAGACUAGACUUACGGAAUGCUACAAAAAAUCUGAAUAUAAAAUAAAAAUAAAACCUAACAACGUACGAAGUCAAAACAUAUGGAUCAAUAAAAAAAUUAUACAAGCAUGUGAGUAUAGGGAUGAUUUGUUCUUAAAAUGGAUAAAAAACACGAAUGAUCUAAUCGCAAAACAAAAAUACAAUAAAGCCCGAAACUACGCCAAUAUGUUAAUUCAAAAAACUAAAAAUAAAACCACAAAGUCGGACAUUAUCGCAAACAAAAAUAACCCUAAAAAUCUAUGGAAUAUAUUGAAUAGGCUAACUGGCAAAAUGAAGUCUUCAAUAGACGAAAUACUGCAAAGUACUUUUGGUGGUCAUUGCAAAGAUAUUGCAAACAAUUUUGCGGAUACGUUUAACAAUAGUGUCAAACGGAUAAUUCCUAAAUGCUCCGAACCAUUGCUCGACAAUUCAACAUAUAGCUCUUCAGCAAAUGUCACCAUGCGCUUUAAGCCUGCAGAUCCCAAAUCAGUAGAAAAAAUAAUCAAAUCUCUAAACAGUAAUAAAGCACCAGGAGUAGAUCGAAUAAGAGCUAUUGACAUAAAAAUGCUAUGUGGAAAAAUUAAAGCAACCCUAUCGAACCUGAUAAAUGCAAGCGUAAUUACAGGUAAGUAUCCUACUGAACUAAAAACUGGCAUUGUAAGACCAAUACAUAAAAAAGGCAGUAGGCUCGAUUGUGAUAAUUAUAGACCGAUAACGAUAUUACCUACGGUUGACAAAAUCGUCGAAAAAUACAUUAGUAAUCAAAUACACAAUUUUUAUGAUAGCAAUGACAUACUAACAAACAAUCAAUAUGGAUUCCAACCACGUAAGAACACUACUCAAUUGCUUUCAGCAUUCACAGAUAGUGUAUACAAACAUAUCGACAGUAAAAAGCAUAUUUUGGCCGUAUUCAUUGACUACAGCAAGGCUUUUGACACACUAAGACAUAAUAAACUGUUGCAAACCUUAGAGGACAGCGGAAUUAGAGGUAAGCUACUCACAU